AGGGAGGAGGAGAGAAGUUGUGUGAGCAACUGAGUGUGCAGCCUGGCCCCACAAGGAAGGAGGGCUGGUGGUACGGGGCCCUGGGAGACGUGACAGUGCCUGGAGGGGGUGGGGACAAAGCAUCAGGCCCACCGUUAGCACCAUGCUCUUGGGGAUCCUCGUGGUGCUCUGCUUCAUCCCCACUGCUGAUGUAACAGAAAACAAGAUUUUAGUAGAUCAGAGUCCUUUGAUCACUGUAGCUCACAAAAACGCAACUCUAGUCUGCAAUUACACAUACAAUGGAACGGGGAAGGAGUUUCGAGCUUCACUGCACAAAGGAACAGACAGAGCAGUUGAAGUUUGCUUUAUUUUAUGGAACACGACCAAAAUUAGCAGUAAUUCGAAUAAAGAAUUCAACUGUGAGGGGAUUCAUGAUAAAGACAAAGUCAUCUUCAAUCUCUGGAAUAUGAGUGUCAACCAAACUGACAUUUACUUUUGCAAAAUUGAGGCCAUGUAUCCACCCCCGUAUGUCUACAAUGAGAAGAGCAAUGGGACGGUCAUUCAUGUGAAAGAGACACCCAUGCAAGUACAAGAGCCCCAGUCUGCAAUUCCUUUGUGGACUAUGGUAGCAGUGACUGGAGUUCUUGCUUUCUACAGUAUGCUGAUAACUGCAGCUUUUGUUAACUACUGGCACAAAUCUAAAAAGAAUAUGUACCAUCAGAGUGACUACAUGAACAUGACUCCCCGGCACCCACCGUACCAGAAGAACAAGGGUUACCCAUCCUAUGCACCAACACGAGACUACACUGCAUAUCGGUCCUGGCAGCCGUGAUACUCCUCAGUUGACCUAUUCGUGGCCUUGGGUGCUUCUAGGCAGUCACUUGCUGUUGGACAUGGAAGGACAGCCUCUCAUUUUCUCAUCAUGUUUGUUAUUAUUGAUCAUGGAUAACUACACCACAGCAAGUAUUGUCUAAACUUUGAUAUAAUAUACUAAAAGAAAAACAAACAAACAAAACCAAGAGGGAAGUUAAAAGGACUGUUUUCCAUGAUGGCUGAAAAUGAGAUACAACUUGUGAUGAGGGUUGUAAGUGGGUAAGACAGAAAGAUGGAAUCAGAACUCAGAGCUGGUCUACUCCUAAUACUUCCAGUUUUGCGUAGCUGUUAGGAGACCCAGAACAUCUGACCAUUCCCAAUAACUGUUGCGUUAGAUUUAACCCUUAGUUUCCUUUCCUGUAUGUCUAAUCCUCAGAAACCCUUGUUAAAUAUGACAAAAUGUAAAAAAAUAUGUAUUUUCUUCCCUAGAAGACCAGGGCACAGUCUGAACUUCAAAACACAUGCUUGAAAGACGGAUGGAAAGGUCAGCCAAGCUAUUAGGCUGUGGCACAAAUGGGCUGCCAGGACAAAUCAAGCUGAUAGAAAACUACUAAACCUUCAAUAUGUGACUCCUUAGGUUGGAUACUUUGCCAUAAGGCCAUUUGAAGUAGUGAUCAAGCAAAUCCACAAAGUGAGAAAGUAAUCAAUCUGGAGACAAAAUAAAGACAAUCAGGAGAGGAAGAAAGAUCUGUCAUCAUCAUGAAGAACCCCAUUUCUGUUUUGUUUGCCUCCUACAGGAAGGGAACAGAAAGUUGUAUGGGAUGCAUUAGAAGACAGAGAGGUCAGAUUUGGAGGAGAGUUUUACUUCCUUUUUCAGUUUUUGUUUCUAUCCAGAAGGCAUUCUGCUGAGUCCUCCUGAAAACAUGUGCAUAUCUUCCAGCACUUCUGGGAGCUCUUCCGAAAAUCUGGGUCCAGACAUGAGCAACUAAUGAUCACUUGAAUUUUUUUCCCAUAAGCACCCAAGGUUUUGGGUUGUGAGAGGGUACUUCAUUCCCACCAUUGUGAAUCAGAACUGCAAGUGCUCAGCCACCUGCAGGAACUGCUCUAGGCUCUUCAAGGAACUUUUUGUUGACUGGAGGUUACCUUUCUAUCUAAAGAUGUUACUCAGGAAUGCUCCAUGCUGGAUUAUGACAAAGAUUUCAGCAAAAUCUGCUUCAUCCUUUCAAUUAAGCAUGUUUACAUUAAUAUGACAUCCUAAAUUGUAAUUGGGAUUGUCUUGGCAUAACAUCCAUUUUCACACUGAGGAGUUGAGGUUUAUUUUAUACUGACUAAUAUAUAAAUAAUUAAAUAAAAAAUAAAUCAUAUUUCCAUCUUGAAGUAAAAUUAGGAUUGUGCAACAUUCCCUUUCCUCCAAAUUGGGAUAAGCAGGUUCUUUCCCUCUUUGGAGGGACAUUACAAAAGGAGAGAUGUGGAAGUGUGGCAACAAUCUGCUUUGAUACCUUAACCCCAGAAAAAAACUUUGGCACUUCCAAAUGCAAAGUUUCAUGUGAGUUUGCUGACUGAGCCCCAAACCAUUUGUUCUGAGUCGUAUCGCCACAAACCAUGUUACUGGAGGGUGCUAUGCCACCUCUAUGCAGCAGUGACUUGCCUGAGCACCCACUGCCAUGAGGCAGCGCUGCAUGUUUGGUAUGGGACUGUGGUCUUGGACCCAGCAGUCCCUGAGAACACUCCUCUGGGUCAGUUCAGCAGACCCAAAAGGUUAUGAUUAGGCUGAAGAAAUUAAAACCAGUCUUUUCGCAUGUUUCUUCUCCUUUCCCCUCACCAGAUGCACAAACCCUCCAAGACUGACAUUUUUUCCACAUAAACGUUUUACUCUCUUUUCCUGAAAAGCCCCUUACUGUGCCUUUGUACCACAGCUGAGGCAGCAAGGUGCAAGUGCAGGGGUCAGAGGGGAAUGAGCUAGACGGGACCCACGACAAUCCCUGCAUGUUCCCAGCUUGGCUGUUCUUGCUGGCACUGACCGGGGGAAUGCUAAUGCCUUGCCACCUUCCUCCUCACUUGGAGGGGAGAUGUGGAUGAUCCUGUGCCAGGGGCAUCCAGCCACUUCUGGUAGAGAGCAGCAGGCUUUGUGCAGUCCUCUGACAGGGUUAAGGCACUAUUUCAUCAGUCUCCAUGCCAUCUACCAGUGUUGUCAUUGUAUAACCCAAUGUUAACAACUGCUCUGAUUACAAUGUGCUGUGAAAAAUCACAUCUUCUAGUGCAAAUAUAAGGUGAGAUGGCAAAUGUGUAUCAAAAGCAUAAAACAGAGCAAAUGUUCUCUAUUGAAAUUUCAUGUAUAUAUUUCUAGAUAUAGAUGUUUCUAUUUCAUUAUAUCUAUAUUCCCUAGAGUAUAAUUAUACUUUUUGCAAUCUUGGUUUAAAAUGAUUAAAUAGAUACAGUAAAUUAAAACUGAAUAAAUGCAUUGGGCCUGAGGCUAGUCAGAGAAAAGUAUUACUUUCUAAAGCAAAUGUUGGUAUAAUUUGCUUUCCUUCCCCUAACAUUUUUGUAAUUUCCAUAUCUAAAGCAUACUGAUAGCUCCCAGGACAUGAUACUGGAAAGUAAGUCCUGGAACAUCUGGAACAAGUAUUAAUUUAUUUGACUGACCAAAAAGAAAGGGAGAUACAUCCUAGACAUACAAUGAAACAAACAUGAAGGAUCAGGACAGGAAAGGCCCCAGCACUAUGUAAAAGUGGACAUUGCUGCUAUAUUAAAGAAAUGUAGGAACACAGAUUACAGACUGUUGGCAAUGAGAUACCAGUAAAUACCUUUUAUCCACCACUGUAAGGGACUAAAUGAAAGUGUUUGCAGAGAAGCAAGCCAGUUAACCCUGGAGUCUGGCUCUGCAUAUGUGGAUUAGCAUAUAUGACAAACAGAGCAAUCCUAAUUUAUUCCAUCUGGUUUUAGGCAAUGCAUAACAUGUCAGGACAGCCCUGGCCCUCCCUGGCCCUGUCUUUGGGGGCUAUAUACUGUUUACAGGAUGAUGUAAAGAGAAACCUCCCUCUGUUGCAACUCUGAACUUGGAAACUGGCCGUUAUGGAGGACAGCAAGAGAUCAAUAGGAUUUUCUGCCUUGCACACAGGUCUUAAUUCAAAUGCAAAUAUAGUCCUGCCAAACAGUGAUUUAAUUUUUCAUCCUCCUUCCCUCCACUUCUGGAUCUCAGUGUCAAAUGAACAUCUGAUAUGCAGUCAUCAUAUCUGAAUGGCAAUCAACAUAUGUUGCAAGGGGUCAACCAAGGGUUGCGCUGCUCCAGCCCCCUGCAUGCUGAUUCCUGUUCUGCAUGUAUCCCACACAGUACAAAACAACAGCCUGUCUCUUCCAUGCUUCCAGGAACCAAGCCCCUAGGACACAAAUGCUGAGGAGUUAUCUCUGCAGUAUCUUGAACAUUCACCACUGGGGCUAUCAGGGUUACUAACGCCAAAAGUCUUGGAUGUUCCUUCUAGUUUGAAUACACCAAAUUCCAAUAUCCUUCUAGCGCAUGAGAGUUUUUGAAAAUGCCUCUUCUUUCUUCUGCAGCUAUAAACAUGGACCCUGCAUGUCUGACAAGCAAUAUCACAUCUUCCUCCUUUGCAUAUCAUCUCUUUUCCUUUCAUCCCUAUGGCAGACUCAGCAGUUCAGGAACCCAUCCAUUUGUUAACCUCUAACACCAUUGUGCAGCCUUCCACUGUACCCCUGACUAGCUAUUCGCCUCACAAAGGCUGUCUUGUAUGCCACAUUCCUCUUCAGUUUGGAGUAAGGAGUUGCCAUAGGAGAUUGGAGCCAUGUGGUGAUUGGAUAGAUGCAUGUUUUCUGUUUGAAGGAUUUGGGGGUCUUUCAUCACUUUGAUUUUUCCCAUAAUCUUCAGAUUUUCAGUUGUGCCAAACAACCACGUGGGAAUCCCACACACCACGUGCUUCCCACAGUGCAUCUAAUUUCUGCACAUUUAAUUUCCUAUGCAUAGCAGGCUUUUGGCUAUUGCCAUGUUCAUUACACCUGCAGACAUGCCCUGACAACAGAAGCAACUUUGGCUACUGAUGGUAUGUUUGAUACUAAUAAAUAACACAGUACAAAAAGCUUGAACCUUAGGAGCACACAAGCAAAGGCUUCAGUGCUAAAGAUCAAAUCUUUCCGCUUUCGGCAAGGCUUUUGCUGUGUGACUGGAAAAUACUUCAUUCAAGAUGAAUCACAGACCAAGGCAUAAUUUUGUUAGUCACUCACACUAACCAGAAAACAGGUAUGGGUAAUGAGUACAACAUCAGCUUUCUUAAGGUCCAAUAAAGAGUAGAAAAGGCUGCAGACAGCACGAGGCAGUAAUUUGUAGCUAAAGUCAGUGUCUGUAAGUGGCUCUGAGAAGGAAACAUUACUAGCCGCUUAUCUUGAUGCAAAUGGAUUGUUCUUCACAAUUAGGUGCUUUUGUUAGAGCAUCACAUUACAGUAUGUUACUAUUCCAGCCUCAGGGGCAUGCAGAUAUUUUGAUGUGGCCAAUUUGGCUGAGAAAGUGUCAGGAGGCUGCCAAUUUUAUACAAACCCAUUUGCAAAGAGACAAAAAGUUGAAUGGUCUCAAAUUCAUGGUGGGUUUCUCUGGUUU